CGAGCAAGGCUCGAGAGCGCGACCAGGCGGGACCAGCGGGACCGCGAGCGGAAAGAUUGGCUGCAGCAGUGAUAUUCGGAAGCGUUCGUGGUUCCCUGGAAAACAUUAAAUGCUUUCGACGCUGGUGAUCAUCUCAUGAAAAUGAACUUAUUCCGCGCUAUUUCGUUUGACAAUGACCAGGAGGAUCUGCUUUUAGGCCCCGAUUUACAAAUAUUUGGCGACCAUGUGGAACUCAGUGACCGGAUCAGGAAGACACUCUACUAUGGAAAACUGCCGACGACGGACCGACCUUCCUUGGCGCUGACAGGAAUCUCUGUUGAGAUGUUUUCAAAGGUCCUGCCAAAUGAUGGGCUUAAAGUUCUCGACAUGCACUAUGCAGCAUCGGUGUCAAGGAGGGCCUGUAUUACUCCAUGCUCCAUGAUGCUGGCUAUGGUUUACCUGGACCAACUGCGACACAAGAACCCACAGUACAUGACUUCUGUUUCAUCUUGUGACUUGUUCCUGGUAUCUAUGCUCGUGGCUUCAAAAUUCCUGUACGACGAUGGUGAAGAGGAUGAGGUCUUCAACAAUGAAUGGGCUGCAUCAGCAAACAUGGAGCUGAAGGACCUGAAUCUUUUGGAGAGGGAGUUUCUGGAUGCUCUGGACUGGAAUUUGUAUGUGAAACCCAAAGCAUUUGCACGUGUUCUGGACAACAUGGAAACAAGGAUUGCAUACUUGGAGUCCACAAAGCGAGGUUGGACCACUUACACGGAUGUGUGUGUGCUGAGCAAGAGUGCUGUGCUCAAGCGUUGUUGGCUACUAAUCUAUGACGGUGUGAUCAAGGUGAUUGCCGUAUCUGCCAUUGCCUAUGUUGCUGCAGCACUGACUCUCUUUGGUUCAGCAGUCCUUGUACACAAGGUUGCCCACACAAGCCAGCAGCUCUUGCAGUGCUCAAGUCUUGGCAACCAGCACACCAACCUCCUUCCCGCUCACUCCAAUGCCAGCAUUGUCGUGCCUUGUGUCGUGCCCCCUUUCCUGAGCUCCUGCACCGAUCGAGACAAAGACACUGUCGAAUGUGUUCCGGACAAACCUCUCAGUGUAUCGAAGAACAAGCCUUCUUGCCAGCAUUCCAAAUUGGCUUCCAACAUGCCAACACGCCGACGUAUCUCGGCUCGACCACAAGCUUCUCGAGUUUGCACGGGAGCACCUCACCAUCCACUGAUGGCUAGUUGUGUGGAAGUGACAUUCAGCCUCUGACGGCUGCCCCGUCAUUGGUCGGCUCUAUGGCUUUGUUUGGACAUCCUAAGUAUGGGAAGUAUGUGGCUGCAGAUGAGGUGCACUUGUAAAUGUAGAGCCCAGUGCUUGUUGCGCUGUACAUAACCACUGGACUUGAAUGGAGUGAUGGUUAGGUGUGAGAAAUUCCUUUGUGGCCAUCUUCUCCGCACCACUGGGAAGAAAUGGUUUGUCAUUUUUUUUUCCACAUCACUUUCUUUUAAACAUUCAGCAGACAUUAAGAAUUUCGGCAGCACCUAUUGAAGAUAUUGCAAUUUCUUGGAAAAACAAACUCAGAAGUGCUUGUAAAAUGCUGCCAUCCUGGUUUUCAUUUUUUUUUCUUUGCUUAAAUCUUUGUAACAUCAUUGCAGUGAGAGUCAAAUCUGAACAAAACAGGCUGAUUUAGCUGGUCCUUUCUUAACAUAGCUCCCUUUAUCUUCUGUUCGUUUUCUCUCUUCCUUUUUUAAAGGAAAAUGCACUGGAUUUCAAUAAGAUAGUGCGGAAUAUUUCUAUGCAAGACUUUCUGUUGGCCAUUGUGGAAAAGUAAACUUGUAUCCAGGGUAUGAUAUAUAGUUCUCAUGCUGCUGUUUCCAUUAAUUCGACAUUGAGAUGUGAAGAAUUGGCUUGAAUUUUGCAAAAGUCAUGUUACAAGAUUGUUUGAAAUGGCAUCAAACUGCAUGUUAGUAAAAGCUGUUGUAAAGCAUGGGUGAUAAAUGUGUGUGAGAGUGAGGUGGUUUCCAAUGCGUUCUUAGGAUUUUGUAAUAGCAAAGAAUAGCACUGUAGGGUGCUGAAAUGUUUAUUUUGGCUUGGGCUGUCAAAACCCAGCAAGCAUGAAAAGAACUGAGAAGCUAGACAUUUUCACAACCUGGCUACAAUAGGUGAAAGGGCGUUGUACAUAAAAUGCGUGUGUGCUGCUUGCUGGGAGCCCUGGAAAAUUGCCCUGCCAUGUGAGGCUACCAUGUUGUACAUCACCACUACUCUCAUGCUUCAAAGAUUUCAGAAGAAACUUCGGUUCUUGUGCUCAACGCAGCCAUUUGGAUGCUACAUGUUAGCAAGGUGUCUUAUUGAAAUUAACCAAGGUUUUUUACAUUCCUUUAUUAAAUUGGGGACCUUUUCUUGCGUAAUAAUCUACAAGAACCUGCUGGUUAACCAUGCUGAGCAUGGUUAAAGAAAAAGUUUAAUUGACCAUUGUCAUGUAGCAUAAGUUGACUAAUAUUUAUUCCAUACCAAGAAGAAGAAAAAAGUGCAGAAUUAUUGUGAACCCUUGAUGGCAGUACUUACAGACCACUCCUGCUCAGCUUGUACAAAACUUCAUUUAUUCAGUUUUCUAUUUAUUGAAAAUAAAUCAGUGCUGCUUGCC